CUCUCGGGCUGCCCCAUCGUGUGUGGCGGUGGCGCUCGCCGCCAUUUUGCCAUAGGGGCGCGCUGCUGGCGUUUUGUGCUCAAUGUCGAGGGUAAACUGGCUUUUCCCUGCGGAAUGAGGCGGGCAGAAGCCGCUGUCUCCUAACCCGGCCGUUUUACACCGUGUUUUGGUGGCGGUUACGUGUCCCACAUAGCUGGCUCUUGGCAGGGAAGUGUGAGGGAGCCCGGUCCCUCGAGAACUCCUUGAACUGACACUGAGCGUGCCUUGCCUGGCCGGGGGCUGGUUUCUCCCCCAGUGCAGGCAAACGGCAUUUCAGAAGCAGGCUUUACAACCCAGGCAGCACAGCUCAGCCUGCCAGCGUUGAUGUGAGCAGCUCCUGCCACGCUCCUCACCCCACUCGCCCUCCUCCCUCUGCCGGGGCCAGGCGCUGCCUGCCCGCCGCCGUGGGUACACCCAGUCCGGGGGAGCAGCCGUAGCGGCGCUCCCGCCUCCCCCCGCACAGCCCAGCCUCCGGGGCGGAGAGCAGCGGGCGGCGAGCGCCGGGCCCGCAGCAGGUCGGGGCUGCGGCGGGGCCCGCGUUUCCCGCGGCACGGCUCGGGAUGCUGCCGGCGCUGCCGGACGGUGACGAGCGGGAGCUGGAGAGCAGCGAAGAGGGCGGCGGCGCGGGCGAGGAGCGGCGGCCGGAGCGGCACGGCAGCACCUACCACAGCCUCUACGGCUACCGGAGCUGCAGAUCCUCGCAGCAGGGAGCAGGCGGCGGGGAUGGCAGUCCCAGCAGUGCGGCGGCAGAGACACCCUCCAGCGAAGACUUCAGCCUCUCCUUGCUGGACACUAAUUUACCAGCUGAAGCAGAGACUGAACUGCGCAGUUUUAUUGCUAAGCGUCUUUCUAAAGGAGCCCUGUUUGAAGGAAUGGGGAAUGUAGCAUCAGUGGGACUGAGCAUACCAGAAUAUAGAGUUGGUUGUUAUUACUGUCGUUUCCAACAAGAAAAUAUUCUAGAAAUGGCAACACUGGAAUCAGACAUCAAUGUUCCAGAAUACGUGGUUUGUUUCUUAGGUGGAUCAGAGAAAGGUCUAGAACUUUUCAGACUGGAGCUGGACAAAUACAUUCAAAGUCUGAAGAUAAACCUUGAUUUGGAGCAAAAACCUUUGGAGACCUAUGUUAACCCCUACUUGAGAAGCUGGUUUGAGGAUGCCAUCUGCCCUAUUCAGAGAGUGGUACAGCUCUUCCAGGAGAAACUCGCCUUUUUGUUGCAUGCUGCUUUGAGUUAUACUCCUGUAGAAGUAAAAAAUGCAGAUGAAAGAACAGAAAAAGACAUCAGCAGGUUUCUGGCUGCUGCCAGCCUCCAAGGACUUGUUCAGGAAGGCACCAUGACCUCCUUGUGUAUUGCCAUGACUGAGGAACAGCACAAGUCAAUGAUUAUAGACUGUAGCGGGCUUCUGCCUCAGCUGCAUAAUGCAGGAAGCAACAGAUUCUGUGAGGACUGGAUGCAUGCUUUUGUGAAUGGUGCUGAAGGUGGAAAUCCAUUUCUCUUCCGGCAGAUUUUGGAAAACUUUAAAUUGAAGGCUAUACAAGACAUUAACAACCUGAAGAGGUUUAUCCGCCAGGCUGAAAUGAACCACUACGCCUUGUUCAAGUGCUACCUGUUCCUAAAGAACUGUGGCAGUGGAGACAUCCUUCUGAAGAUUGUGAAAGUGGAACAUGCAGAAAUGCCAGAAGCCAGGAACGUAGUGACAGUCCUUGAGGAAUUCAUGAGAGAAACAUCAGUGGCUUAAAACUAUCGUAAUUAUUCUGUACUCGUUUGAGGGUAUCGUAUAAUCAUUCAUUUCUUCUGUGCAGCUUAGUUUCACUAUUGCAGGAUUUUUAAUUUGUAUUUAAAAGUAUUACCUAAGUCAAACCUAAGUUGCAGUUUCAUCUUCUUUUCUCUAGAGAAAGCAGUAUGAGCUUUUUUUAAUGUGUAGGUCUCGGAUCAUACCAACUCCUGCAGUUUUCAGUGCUUACCAAAAGCUCCAAAUGGUUUGCUCCUUCUCUGAGGAAAUCAUGACAUUUGGAUUUACAGUCAUUGCACACGAAAAAAGCAAUCCCUGACCUGGCAAGCAUUUUGGUGUUUUAAAUCUUUUAAAUAUCGUUAAAAUGAUCAUGUCUAAUCGUUAAGAUCUGGACUUUUGUUUUAAUAUUUAAAGAAGCACAAACAUUUGGAUAAAUCAUACUAAAUGAAUUAAUCAUAUUUGUUUAUGUAUUCUCUUUAUGUAAGAGAACAAGAUAACAAGUCUGUAGCUGGUUUCAACAUUAUACUUUUAAAUUGGCAGCUUGUUCUGCUGUCACUAGAUAAAUACGCUGUGAAUUGGUAUGAAACAGAACUGCCUUAAGACUGAACAGAGCUUUAGGAAUCUGUAUGUGCUUGUAUGUACGCAUACAUACACUGGCCAGACAUGUUAAAUUCCCAGGCUGUUAGAUAAAUCCCCUUCUUCACUAGUUUCUGUUGUGAUCGAGACCACCUUUGUAUGUUCUCAGUACCCAUUGUGCAUAACUAUAAAUAAACAUAUGUUUUUCAGUCGUGGAGAAUUAAACCUGAACAUUUUACAGAUCAAAUAUUAACUUUGAGUUAAUAGAAACUUCUUCGGGAACUCAAGUAAGCUAAGUUGCCACAUUAAUUAUUCAGACUUUAAAACAUUUCACUGUAUUUCAGCAAUGAAUUCUUACCUACAUCAUAGGACAUGUAGACAGCAGAAUACUUGAAGAAAAUCUUUGGCUACAGCUGGAAUCAGAACUCCUGAGGCCUCUGAGUGACCACAUAAACGAGGACUAUUUCUGCAGACGUGAUAGAAGCAAAACUCUUCAUUGUUUUCCUUCGCAGCAGAGGGUGUUUGAACACCUGACAUCAGGCAUUUGGACAACUCUCCCUCAAACAGUAACUGUAACAGUCCUACCAAUGCAGUUUGACUGUUCUGCCAGUGCUGUGCUGUGAUGACAGAAGUUGAGUGCUUUCCUGUGACACCACUGCCUUGAACCUAUAACAAGGUUUACAAUAAAAUAUUAAAAUCCUUAA